ACAUUUUUGGAAAUCACAAAAGCUAAAAACUACAUUUUAAUAUUAGUCCAGAAAAAGUAUUAGAUGAAGUAAAUCGUAAAUAUAUAUUUUGACACAGACACAACCUCAAAUAUAUUUAUGAUAACGAUUCUGCUAUAAUUAAUUAUUUAAACACCCAUUGACACAUGUCUACCAUAAAACCCAACGCGUUUUAUUAAGUCCUUUAUAUUUUCAAAAGACUUCAUAUUUAGACACCCAUUGGUUUCAGAUCCAGCUUGAUACAUCCAUGCACAACGGCGCAGCUGGAAUUAAUAAAAGACGCAUAGUGGAUGCUUCAUGAUACUUUAUUAAUCAAGAUUUAAAGUUGACUGUCAAAUUAAUGAUGCAUUAGUAUAGUUGUUAAUAACGGUCAAUUAAACGUGUUGAAUCUCGUUGGUGUGAAACAGCGAUAGUGGCAGUCGCGUAAAGCACGUCAAUGAACCCCCUCCCCCUCAAGCGAGCGAUAUGAUUCGCCUCAGUUCAGAACCAUGGUCAGCUCUUAGCGCGCGCUCGCAGGAAGUGGCCAUUGUCAGUAGCAUUUGGUAUUAAAAUUAAAAGACUGUUCGAAGAACCUGAAGAAACGGCAGCUACGGCCCUUACUUAUCCUUAGUUUUAUCUUCAGAAAAUUCGUUAUGGUUAACGGGGAGUUAAUCGAAGAAAAAACGUAAGCAGCAACAAUUUAUUUCGGCGGAAGACUGCUGGCUGUUGAAACCGGUUUCCCACUCUCGCUGAGGACAACCAAGAACUUAGUUGAAAAUGUUGGAUCCAUCGUCGAGCGAGGAGGAGGCGGAUGAGGUUGUGGAAGAAGAGCGCAAAGUGGUGGCGGCGCCCAAGGCUGGUGGUCCUCGGGUGUCUCCAAGCAGGACCAGCGAAAGCUCUGGUGGGUUACAGCCAAGCCGAAGCACCAAUGUCCGUCCAACGAGCCCGAGCCCCUCGGUCGCGAUCGAGAAGGAAAAGGAUGACUUGGAAAAAAUGCAGAGGGAGGAAGAAGAGAGAAAGAAACGGCUUCAGCUUUACGUCUUUGUAAUGCGCUGCAUUGCCUAUCCGUUUAAUGCGAAGCAGCCGACUGACAUGGCGAGACGACAGCAAAAGAUCAGCAAGCAACAGCUUCAAACAGUGAAAGAUCGUUUCCAGGCUUUCCUAAAUGGAGAGACUCAGAUUGUAGCAGAUGAAGCCUUCAUCAAUGCUGUCCAAAGCUACUAUGAGAUAUUCCUCAAAAGCGACCGCGUGUCCCGCAUGGUCCAAAGUGGUGGUUGCUCAGCUAGUGAUUCCCGCGAGGUCUUUAAGAAGCACAUCGAGAAACGUGUCCGCAGCCUACCAGAGAUUGAUGGCUUGAGCAAAGAGACGGUCCUCAGCUCGUGGAUGGCCAAGUUUGACACCAUUUACAGGGGAGAGGAAGACCCACGCAAGCAACAGCAGCGCAUGACAGCUAGCGCUGCAUCCGAACUCAUUCUCAGCAAGGAUCAACUGUAUGAGAUGUUCCAACAGAUUCUUGGCAUUAAGAAGUUCGAACACCAGCUGCUUUACAAUGCAUGUCAGCUGGAUAAUCUAGAUGAACAAGCCGCACAGAUCAGAAGAGAGCUGGACGGACGACUGCAAAUGGCUGACCAAUUCACCAAAGCCGGUAGGUUUCCUAAGUUUGUGUCCAGGGACAUGGAGGCCAUGUACAUUGAGGAGCUGAAGUCAUCAGUGAACCUUCUCAUGGCCAACCUUGAAAGCAUGCCGGUGUCUAAAGGAGGAGAGUUUAAACUGCAAAAGCUCAAGAGAGGCCAUAACACCUCCAUCAUUGACAUGGGCCAAGAAGAUGAGAAUCAGCUCUCCAAAUCUGAUGUGGUUCUCUCAUUUACUCUGGAGGUGGUGAUUAUGGAGGUGCAGGGUCUAAAGUCCUUAGCACCAAACCGGAUUGUUUACUGCACCAUGGAGGUGGAGGGAGGGCAGAAACUUCAAACUGACCAAGCAGAGGCCUCCAAGCCCACUUGGGGAACUCAAGGAGACUUCACCACCACUCACCCUCUUCCAGGAGUGAAAGUGAAACUUUUCACCGAGAGUACAGGAGUCCUGGCACUGGAGGACAAAGAGCUGGGACGUGUUGUAUUACACCCCACACCAAACAGUCCCAAACAGUGUGAGCUCCAUAAGAUGACUGUUGCUAAAGGAUGCCCAGAUGACUUGAAGAUUAAACUGGCUGUUCGUAUGGACAAACCACAGAACAUGAAGCACUGUGGAUACCUUUGGGCAAUCGGAAAAAACCUGUGGAAAAGAUGGAAGAAGAGAUUUUUCGUCUUGGUGCAGGUGAGCCAGUAUACCUUUGCCAUGUGUAGCUACAGAGAGAAGAAAGCAGAACCUGUUGAACUUCUCCAACUGGACGGAUACACUGUGGAUUACACCGACCCUCAACCAGGUCUGGAUGGUGGUCGAACAUUCUUCAAUGCUGUUAAGGAGGGAGACACUGUGAUAUUCGCCAGUGACGACGAACAAGACAGAAUCCUUUGGGUUCAGGCGAUGUAUCGUGCCACGGGCCAGUCCCACAAACCCAUCCCUCCGACCCAGGUGCAGAAACUCAAUGCGAAAGGAGGGACGGCACCACAGCUCGACGCUCCCAUCUCUCAGUUCUAUGCAGACCGAGCGCAGAAACAUGGAAUGGAUGAGUUCAUCUCUGCAAACCCCUGCAAUUUUAACCACGGUUCAAUGUUUGAGAUGGUUCAGCGGUUGACACUAGACCACAGACUCAAUGAUUCGUACUCCUGCCUGGGUUGGUUCAGUCCAGGCCAGGUGUUUGUAUUAGACGAAUACUGUGCCAGAUACGGUGUGCGGGGUUGUCACAGACACCUUUGCUACCUGAAUGACUUGUUGGAGAGAGCUGAAAAAGGGUCCAUGAUCGACCCCACCCUGCUGCACUACAGCUUUGCCUUCUGCGCCUCUCACGUCCAUGGCAACAGGCCUGAUGGAAUCGGUACCGUCACAGUUGAAGAGAAAGAACGGUUUGAGGAAAUCAAAGAACGACUGCGAGUGCUGCUCGAAAAUCAAAUCACACACUUCAGGUAUUGUUUUCCAUUUGGACGCCCAGAAGGAGCCUUGAAAGCCACGUUGUCACUGCUUGAAAGGGUACUGAUGAAAGACAUUGUGACACCAGUACCUCAGGAGGAGGUGAAGGCAGUGAUUUCUAAAUGUCUGGAGCAGGCAGCUUUAGUGAAUUACCAGCGUCUAUCAGAAUAUGCCAAGGUGGAAGGCAAAAAGAGAGAAAUGUAUGAACAUCCUGUCUUCUGUUUGGCGUCACAAGUGAUGGAUUUAACCAUUCAAAAUGUAGGCCGCAUGGUCACACCUGCCAAAAAGCUGGAGGAUACACUGCGGCUGGCUGAGCUGGUCAUAGAGGUUCUCCAGCAGAAUGAAGAACAUCACGCAGAGGCUACAGGGCCAAGAACAGGAGGUCAGGCGGGUAAAGAGGCAUUUGCAUGGUGGUCAGAUCUGAUGGUUGAACAUGCCGAGACGUUCCUCUCCCUCUAUGCUGUGGACAUGGAUGCAGCACUAGAGGUCCAACCUCCAGACAGCUGGGACAGCUUCCCGCUCUUUCAACUCCUCAAUGACUAUCUGCGCACAGACUAUAAUCUAUGUAAUGGGAAAUUCCACAAGCAUCUGCAAGACCUUUUUGCUCCUCUGGUAGUGAGGUACGUGGACCUUAUGGAGUCCUCCAUAGCUCAGUCCAUACACAGAGGAUUUGAACGAGAGUCUUGGGAACCUGUCAAGAGUUUAACAAGUAAUCUGCCCAGUGUCAACCUACCAAAUCUACAAAUGCCUAAAGUACCAAAUCUACCAGUGUCAGUUAAUCUGCCACCAAUGCAAAUGCUUAGCUUUUCCACUCCCAACUGGAUCCCGGGUUUAUCCGAUACAGAUAAUGGUUCAGGGACUUCAGAAGAUUUGUUCUGGAAGCUGGAUGCUCUUCAGACGUUUAUCAAAGACCUGCACUGGCCUGAAGAAGAGUUCGCAAAGCACCUGGAGACUCGACUCAAACUCAUGUCUAGUGACAUGAUUGAGUCCUGUGUGAAAAGGACAAGAGCAGCUUUUGAAGUGAAGUUACAAAAGAGCCCUCGUACCACAGACUUCCGUGUCCCUCAGUCUAUAUGCACCAUGUUCAAUGUCAUGGUGGACGCCAAAGCCCAGUCUGCCAAACUAUGUGCCAUGGAGCUUAGCCAAGAGUUUGUUAAAGAAUGGAGACAAUAUCACUCGCAAAUUGACAAUCUCAUCGAGGAGACGGUGAAAGAAAUGAUUACUUUACUUGUGGCAAAGUUUGUUGUUAUACUGGAGAGCGUUCUGGCCAAAUUGUCACGUUACGAUGAGGGCACGCUGUUUUCCUCCUUUCUGUCAUUUACAGUAAAAGCUGCUUCAAAAUAUGUGGAUGUACCUAAACCUGGGAUGGAUGUUGCAGACAGCUAUGUGACAUUCGUUCGCCAUUCUCAGGAUGUCUUGAGGGAUAAGGUCAAUGAGGAGAUGUAUAUAGAAAGGUUAUUUGAUCAAUGGUACACCAGCACAAUGAAUCUCUUGGGCACCUGGCUAACAGACCGUAUGGACCUGCAGUUGCAUGUGUAUCAGCUGAAAAUUCUCAUCAGAGUUGUAAAGAAAAAGUAUCGUGAUUUCCGACUACAAGGCGUGUUGGACUCCACCCUGAACAGCAAGAUGUAUGAUACAGUAAGAAACCGGCUGAUUCUUGAAGAGGCUACAGCAUCUGUACGAGAAGGAGGGAUGCAAGGAAUAUCUAUGAAAGAUAGCGAUGAAGACGACUAGCUCCUGCCCAGGACUGUUAGGUGUGAACAAUUCAGUCAGCCAUGUUUAUCUUGGCCUAUAUUGAUGCAUGUACACUUCUGUUCAUCACUUGUACAUGUCUGGAUGUUGUUAACGUCAUGUUUCUAACAAACAAGGGACCAACUUGAAUGAACAAUUAUAAAACAAAUAUAUCUACUCAAUUAAGAUGAGUAUUAAAAAUAACCUACAUUUUUGUUGAAAGAAUUCAAAUUAAUUUUAUUUGAUGUUCCUUAAACAUGUUUGAUUCAUUUUUAAAUGUUUUUAAGCAAUAUGGAGUAUCAUUUGUAAAUGAUGUCGUGUGAGAUGGUAAGGAAAAAAGCUUGUUGUGUCCCUGUUUAAUGCAAAUCUGUUUGCCGCUUCUUAAACGUAUUGUAAAUACAUUAUUGGUACAUAACAGACCUAUUACUUGUUUCAAGUGUAAACCAAUUGACAUGGUUGUACUAACCUGUUCAAAUGAUAAAACUUCCACAAUAACUCAAUAAUCUAAAAUAUGUGUUUUUCACCCAAAAUGACUUAAGACACUUUUUUAACGGGUUAUAGGAACGGUGAUAUGUUUUUAGGUGUAAUUUUGAGAUGCAAUAUAUUCCCACACUGUAAAAAAAUGCAGCAUGUUAAAUCAACUUGGUUUUGCAAGUCAAUUCAACCUACUAUUUUAAGUUUUGGCUUGUGAAAGUUAACAUAACUUAAAAAAUGAAGUUAAACAAUUUUAACUUGACUUUAUAAGUUAAAGUUUUUUAACAAAAAUGCUGCACAUUUUUUACAGUGAUAUCUUAUUUAUGAUAUACUUUGACGUCAACAGUUUUCUAUGUUUUUAAGCCAUUCAUAAUUUAAAAAUAUUUUUGAAAUUAUUUAUUCUGUAUUUGGGAGAAAAUAGCGAGAAGGUAUUUGAUUUGUACACUUAUUUUUAGUCUUUUUUUUAAAACAAAACUUUUCCAAUCGUUCUAACUGAAUACUCUUGAAAUGCUUUCCAGUUUCCAUCAUUGACACUGUUGUUUUGUGUUUAUUGCGCUUUCUGUUCCCCUGUAAAGUAGCUGCAUGUCCCAGUUGUCAGCAGUCUUAACCGAAAGCUUUUGAUUUUGUGGAAAGUAACUGGUGGAUUCAUAUUGCGUCUGCCUUAUGUACACAGUGGAAAUGCGAGAAUCAGGCUUACAAAAAUAAAAUAACUUUAACUCA